AUGGCAAACCAAAUUCAGUAUCUGUUCUCCAAAAAAUUGUAUAAAAGUGAUACAGAUAAGCUAUGCAGGAUAAUAAUUGGCAGAAGAAAUGUGCAAGCAUUUAUUUUGCCCUUGUAUACAAGGGAAGAGAGAGAAGAUAUCCAUGAGGGAACAGAACAUGAGCUGCGAUGUUUGGACAUUCAUUCAAACACAGAAGAAAGCUUUAAGUUUAAGUUUUUUACAAGCAGCAAGUGUUAUGAGUUGAAGAGUGGGUGGAGUAACUUUGUAAAGCGGAGACAACUGAAAGUAGGUGAUGUCAUACAUUUUUAUUCAAGAAUUGAUACCAAUGAACUAUGUAUAAGAGUAGAACAAGACAUUGACCUUGAACUGAGGCUUGGUUCUUCAAAUGCAGUGUGUGGAAAAGAGAUAAAAAAACCAGAGAAGAAGCUGUAUGGUGAAGGGUCACAAAAGUCCAAGAAGCUGAAACUUGAACCCAGACCAUUAUCCUCAGAGAUGUUGUAUGGCGAAGACUCAAAAAAGGGAAAGGAGAUCGACCUCGAACUGAGAAUCUCCUCGUCAGAGGCAUCAUGCUCUAAAGAGUUUAAAACAGAUGAAGACAUAGAGUCUCCUCCAUGA